CACACACUCGGGCUCCCUCCGGCGCGCACGCACGCAGCGCCCCGGGCAGACCAGCGCCGCAGCCGCCUCCCCAGACGCCUGGACGCCGGAGGGCCCCGACCCCGGCGCGGCUGAUGCGCCCGCGCCCGCUCUGCAGCUCCGCGAGGCCCGCGGGACCCCUCCCGCCGCCGCCGCCGCCGCGCCCGCCGCCCUCGGAGAAGCGGGCUGGACGACCGCCACCGCGCCGCCUCCCGGCCGCCCCCGAGGCCGCUCCACCGCGGGCUUUGCCGCCCGGAGGCCGCGCCCCGAUCCCGCGCCUCGGGGGCUGAGCGGAGCAAACUUCGUGGACCGGCCGACGCCCGGCAGGGGCCCCUCCCCGUCCCUGCGCGCUCGGGUGGGCCCUGGGCGCUCGGACCUUCGGGCUGCCCCGCCCGCCGCACCUGCCCGGCCCCUUCCCCGCCGGCUGGGGACUCCGGAGACGCCGGCACUUCGCAAACUUUUCCACACCCCCUCGAGGGGGGCCGCGGAGAGGUAAACGGAGAAGGAGGUCCCGCCGGGCGCGCGCCAACCUGUGGGCUCCUAGCGGGGCGCCGCCGCCCGGGAGCCGGACCCCGAGGGGCGCAGGCCCCGGAGGCCGCCUUCGGGCCGCGCUCCCGCUCCUGCCCCUGCUUUUCCGGCGGGAGCGGGGGGCGGGGAGCGGAGGGCCGCGCGGUGCCCGGAGGCGCCGCCGUGCAUGGCCCUGCGCAGUGGGGCGGGCUGCUUCGGCCGGGUCUGGCGCAGGGUGUCGGGGCUCCCGGACGCCUGGCCGCGGCGCUCCAGCAGCCUCCUGUGCCUGUCCGCCUUCUCGCCCGAGCCCGGGCCCGCGCCACCCCUGCCCCGCCGGCCGCCUCGCGGUGGCGGCGGCUGUGGCGGCCCCGGCGGAGGGGGGCACCCCCAGCCUCCCCGCCCCCCGCCUCCCCGCCGCCGCUGCUGCUGCUGCUGCCGCCGCCGCUUACAACUUGGAGGCAGCGGCGGCGGCGGAGGCGGCGGCGGCGGCCGCCGGGCGCUGCAGUGGGACGCGCGCGGCUGCGAGCCUGCGGGACAUGCCCCCCGCGCCGGCUCCCUGCUGGCGGCCAUGAAGAGGCAGAACGUGCGGACUCUGUCCCUCAUCGUCUGCACCUUCACCUACCUGCUGGUGGGCGCCGCCGUCUUCGACGCCCUGGAGUCGGACCACGAGAUGCGCGAGGAGGAGAAACUCAAGGCGGAGGAGACGCGCCUCAAGGGGAAGUACAACAUCAGCGGCGAGGACUACCGGCAGCUGGAGCAGGUCAUCCUGCAGUCGGAGCCGCACCGCGCCGGCGUCCAGUGGAAAUUCGCCGGCUCCUUCUACUUUGCCAUCACGGUCAUCACCACCAUAGGUUACGGGCACGCGGCCCCCGGCACGGACGCGGGCAAGGCCUUCUGCAUGUUCUACGCGGUGCUGGGCAUCCCGCUGACGCUGGUCAUGUUCCAGAGCCUGGGCGAGCGGAUGAACACCUUCGUGCGCUACCUGCUGAAGCGCAUCAAGAAGUGCUGCGGGAUGCGCAACACCGACGUGUCCAUGGAGAACAUGGUGACGGUGGGCUUCUUCUCCUGCAUGGGGACGCUGUGCAUCGGCGCGGCCGCCUUCUCGCAGUGCGAGGACUGGAGCUUCUUCCACGCCUACUACUACUGCUUCAUCACGCUCACCACCAUCGGCUUUGGGGACUACGUGGCGCUGCAGACGAAGGGCGCCCUGCAGAAGAAGCCGCUGUACGUGGCCUUCAGCUUCAUGUACAUCCUGGUGGGGCUGACGGUCAUCGGGGCCUUCCUCAACCUGGUGGUCCUCCGGUUCCUGACCAUGAACAGCGAGGACGAGCGGAGGGACGCCGAGGAGCGGGCGUCGCUGGCCGGGGCCCGGAACAGCACGGCCAUCCACGCGCCCGAGGAGGCGCUGCGGGGCCGGGCGCGCUGCAAGGCGGACGGGGACCUGCAGUCCGUGUGCUCCUGCUCCUGCUACCGGCCACAGGGCCGCGCGGGGGGCCGCCCCACGGGACACCAGAACUCCUUCGGCGCCCAGCUCGGCCCGCAGUACUUCCACUCCGUCUCCUACAAGAUCGAGGAGAUCUCCCCGAGCACACUGAAGAACAGCCUCUUCCCGUCGCCCAUCAGCUCCGUCUCGCCGGGGCUGCACAGCUUCACGGACGUGCACAGGCUCAUGCGCCGGCGGAGGUCCAUCUAGGGGCGGGCGGGGGCGGGGAGGGCCGCGGCAGAAACCGUCACCUGUCACGUCACGUUCCAUUGGCCCCACUCGUCUUGCUUUUUGUUAACUUUUUAUUUUUAUUUUUACUGAUUUCAGAGAGGAAGGGAGAGGGAGAGAGAGAUGGAAACAUCCAUGAUGAGAGAGAAGCAUGGAUUGGCUGCCUCCUG